CACAAGGAUUUUCUGUGAGGAUGAUGUUCUCAGUGUAAAUGUACCUCUUGCAGCAAGGUGUGUGUUCCCAUCAUACGCCAUAUUGUUCCGGUUGUGGACCACACUACAGACGCUCUCCUAAAAUGUCCAUGUUCGUGUUUGCCGUGUUGGUUUUCCUCACUGCAGGAUCACAGGGAGAUGUUUCCACACAGACCCACAGGAAGCCCGCAUGUAGUGGGAUGACUGAGAUCCUAGCCUGUCCCAUGAACUUUGCUCCUGUGUGUGGUACUGAUGGUAGCACCUACGCUAACGAGUGUGCCCUCUGUGUACAGAGACUGCAAACCAAAACCAAUAUUUUAAUUGCAAAGGAUGGUAACUGCUGAUUUUGCAAAACAACAAUGAACAAUGAAUGUAUCAUUGCUACUGAUUUAA